CCCUCACACUGCCCCACUUGGCGGGGAGAAGGGAAAGCGCGCCGCGUCUCCCGCUCCCGGAGCUGCAGGGCUCCCGAGCGGCUCGCGCACGUCCGUUCCCUCGUCAGCCUCCGCGACGCCCCGGACUGGCGCCCGGGCUGGGCCUGCGGCGGGCGCGGCGCCUCCCUCCGCCAUGGCCGCCCUCCGGAAGAAGCUGGUGGUGGUGGGAGCCGGCGCCUGCGGCAAGACGAGCCUGCUGGUGGUGUUCAGCCGCGACCACUUCCCGGAGGAGUACGUGCCCACGGUGUUCGAGAACUACGUGGCCGACGUGGAGGUGGACGGCCGGCGGGUGGAGCUGGCGCUGUGGGACACGGCCGGCCAGGAGGAGCACGACCGCCUGCGGCCGCUGUCCUACCCGGACACCGACGUCGUGCUCCUGUGCUUCGCCAUCAGCAGCCCGGACAGCCUGGAGAACGUGCCGGCCAAGUGGGCCCCGGAGGUCCGGCACUUCUGCCCCGGCGUGCCCCUCGUCCUGGUGGGGAACAAGAAGGACCUGCGGAACGACGCGGGCACCAGGCGGGCGCUGGCGGCCUGGAAGCAGGAGCCCGUGCGGCCUGAGGCAGGCAGGGACGUGGCCAGCAGGAUUGGCGCCUUCGGCUACCUGGAGUGUUCGGCGAAGACCAAAGAGGGCGUGAGGGAGGUGUUUGAGAUGGCCACGAGGGCUGCUCUGCACGCCAGACGCGGCAAGAAGAGGUGGGGCUGCCUGGUCCUGUGAAACCUUGCGGCUCGGUGCGAGUGGCGUGUUCGCCGGGCUUCCUGUCUGCUUAUUGGCGUGUUUUUUUUUGU